UUCGUUUUGACUAGUUGCUAAACUGAUCUCUUGAACAAAUGCCUCGUCGAAAAUAACACAUGUUUUGGUUUCCUAGGUAAUCUAUGUGUUGUUUUUUUGCUUGUUAUAUAAAUAAACUACGUUUAAAGUACUUUGUUGUUAUGUAUUAUUAGCGGAGUUUACCGGAAGUUACGUGCGGACCGCGACAGCCGCUUGUUUAUGUUAUUAUUGCUGAAACCGUCUAUAUAAAAUGACGGUCCAAAAUGAGAUUUAUUUCACACUCCAUCACACUAGGUGGCGGUAUGCACCUUUGAGUUUGUUUCGCAACCCGCCAUUAAACCAAAAGAAGAAGAAGAAGAUCACGGAAGUUUUGGUGGAUGAAGUCCGUAUUUAACUCGAUCGGGCGGUAAUCUUUUAGCACUCGUUAAUCAAACACUUAUUUAAGUUAAGUACCUACUCCGAGAGUAACUUAUGUCGUUUCAGACGCAGCCACUUGCGCUGAGAAGAGGUGCGCUUUCGUGAGUAACGUUACGCCAUACACAAUCCUGUCAGAACGACGCCCUUAAAAGCACAUUAACACGGAAACACAAUGAGCUAUUAAAUGACUUCAAUUAGUUAUAACCUCAAUUUAUAAACUUGGACUUUUUUCUAACUACAUCAAUAUGAUGAAGAUAUUUUUCUCUUUUUUGGUGUUACAGCUUAUGGAAGGUGUGUUUGGUUUUGAUGGAUAUGAAGAGAAGUUCAUGAUAGAGGGAGAUUCUGUUACUCUACAAAAUGAUAUUACUGAAAUACAGACAUAUGAUCUGAUACAGUGGUUUGGACCUCAGGGGACUCGUAUAGCUGAAAUCUCUAAAGAGUGCAAUGUAUGUGAUCCAUGUGGGAGCUUCAAGAACAGACUGAAUCUGGACAAUCAGACUGGAUCUCUCACCAUCACAAACAUCACAAACUCUGGAUUUUAUCAACUAGAGAUCAUCAACAGCAAAGAAACGUCAUACAAGACAUUUAAUGUUACUGUCUAUGCUCGUCUGCCCAUUCCUGACAUCACCUGUAUCAAUAGCCCCUUCUCAUUAUCAUCAAGCUCAAACUGUGUGCUAUUGUGUUCAGUGUUGAAUGUGAGAGAUGUGAGUCUGUCCUGGUACAAAGGAAACAGUUUAUUGUCCAGCAUCAAUGUGUCUGAUCUCAACAUCAGACUCUCUCUACCUCUGGAGGUUGAAUAUCAGGAUACAAACACAUACAGAUGUGUGGUGAAAAAUACCAUAACAAACCAAACUCAACAUCUCAACAUCAAUCAUCUCUGUCAGACGUGUUCAGGUUCUCAAGAGACUUCCAGCAGAUAUAACUGGAUACCAGCAGUGGUGGCUGUGAUCUUAUUUCUAGUAGUAGCAGCUGUAGCAGUCAAAUACCGUAAGAGAAAUGAACAAACAUCAGAAGAUAAUCAAGAAACAGAAGCAAUACAAAUGAAUAACAUGCUCAAUGAUACGGAGCCUGACAGUGAUUAAGUUACUGUAAUAUCUGUUUCAAAUGUAGUCAAACACUGUGGCUUGUUGGAGAUGCGGCUUGCCUGAGAGCAGGUGGCUGAAGUGAUGGGAGGAGUGAAAAAAGAGCUUUUAAGUCGGACACGAAACCUACUAUAUGUAGUGCACUUUUUAAAAUUAAGAAGUCAUCCGAUGACAACCUCUGUCCAAUGAGCAUUGAGCUGUGUCGUCAGCAAGUCUUCCCAUCAUGCAGUGGAGAGCAAUUGCACCUGACUGCAGAAUUCGACAAUCCACCUUGGAAAACAGCGCAAGUUUUUUGGCACACAUCAACUUAUCCGUGUCGUAAGAGCAUGUCGGAUGUAACUCAGAAACUUUUCUGAUCGGCGUGGGUCUCUCAGCGAUCUGAUCGAUUCUGUGCAAAGACUAACAUCAGAAAGACUAAAUGUAAAUACAUGUAAAAUAUAAAGUAUGUGUGCAUUUUGUUGGUGUCUUGAUGUUAUUGUUGUACCACCAGGGGUCGCCACGUGCCCGUGAGUGCAGAAAGAGAUGGCCAUUAACCUCCUAAGACCCGGGUUUUGGUUUGCCUUUUUUUUUUCAAAGAACCAAUAUAAUAACCAAGUUGUUUUCUAAUAACAUGAAGCAGUGUAAUUGUUCAUGUUUGUAUACAACAGGUUCCAAAUACACAGAAUAGAAUUAUGGUGCAAACAUCAAAAAAAGGUCAUGUGUUUUUUUCUUUAUUGUUAAUUAAGUGAAACAAAUAUACUAACAAAAUUAUACAGAAGUGUAAGUGCACUAUGCCGACUGCACAGCAAAAUCCCCAGUGUUAAAUUAACACUGCUCGGUGUUUAUAUAAUCCACACCAAGAUUGGUGUUAAAAAAACACUAAAUCAGUGUUAAAGUUAAUAAGAUAAUGAAGUGAUUGAGUCAUUAAUAGUGAACACCUGCUGGUCAUUCCGUGUAAAAUCAACUCAAUUUUGGAAUUGUUCCUGUCUUAAAUUUUUUUAUUUUGUUGACUCUUUUUCUGGAGAAAGUAAUACUAAAAUGAGGAAGAAAGCUAAAUUAUUAAAUGCAAUAGAUGAAAUCACCAUAUAUAGUUAAAUGAACACUAUCAUCAUCUCUGUUUGAAAACUAAAAUUACAACUUGCUUGCAGAGUUACAUGGAUGAUAGGUUUAACUUCUAAAGAACUGCUGUAAAUCUGGUUAAUAAAGUAAGUCACCAUUGUGCCGAUUAGUGUUUCCUUUAGUUGGGUACUUGGGUCUUGAAGUUUAGUGUUAGUUUUUUUCUGCUCAUUGUGGCAGUGUGUUUAUAAAACACAUCUGUUAAAGCAGAGGAAGAUGAGAGAAAUGAAGUCUAUAACUGUUACUAUAUUAAUUAUUAUGAAAGUAUAAGUCUUGGGAUUCGAUGAUAUCAUAAAAAAGUACUCACUGAAUAUUAGUGUGUAAUUUAUGUUCCGCCAACCCUGUGAAGUUCCCAUGAAAUCCAACAGUGCUGUAAAAGUCCACAUACCCUGAAGAGUUAAAUAUUUUUUACCCAAAUCUAAUCUGUGGUUUCAGUCAGACACACUGAGACAUCAACAAUCAGCCUAUAAAACACAAUCAUGGUGACAAUCAACAACAAAACGUCAUGCCGCAAUGCAUGCUGGGUACCAGGAUUGUAGAAAACUCAUUCAUAAAUCCCAUCAUGCAUUGCAACAUGACAAAAAUUUUGCAACUUUCUUACCAUUAACUGGCACCAUCGUUGAGAUUUGUUUCAGAAAUCAUGAAGUCUCUCUUAAGAAAAAAACAACAACAACAACAAAACACUGAAGCAUGACAGCAGUCUAAUGUCAUUUGCAUAGAGCUUUUUUAUAUGCCUGAUUCUUCAUAAUUAAUUUGUGAUCAAUUGUUUCAAUGAUUUGUAGAGUAGACUAUAAUAAAAAUAAACAAUCUGAGAAGGUCUGGAAGGGCUUUCCUCUACAUGAAGCAAUGAACAAGUGGUCUUACUAAAACAUUGUUGCUAUUGCUAAAAGAGGAUAGUUAGAUCAGUGAAGGUUAAGGGACAAAUGCCUAACUAAAGGAAACACUAAUCACAGUAAUGGUGACUUCAAAUGAACUCAUAACAAACACAAACUUAAAGGGGUCAUAGGAUGAAAAUCAGACUUUUUUCAUAUUUAAGUGCUAUAAUUGGGUCCCCAGUGCUUCUAUCAACCUAGAAAAUGUGAUAAAGAUCAACCCAGUAACUUUGUUUGGGUAAGCUAUUUACUGCAAGCAUGUGAAAAAUUAGGUCGUUCAGAUUUCGCCUGUUUUGUGAGGUAGGUAGCAAGGCGAAUUAUAAUAAUACCGCCCCCUUUAUCUGCACUAUCCAACCACAGCACUGCCAUUUAGUUCAGAGAGUAAGAGGGAGAAAAGAAGGACUUGACAGCACAAUUGAGUUUCAAUUACAACAAAUCACCAUCAUCGUGAUCAGUGUUUGGACUUCAUCCGCUCAUUUGCAUUUUAAAGGAAACACCCAAAAACGGCUCACUUUUGCUCAGACCUACUAAUUUGCAAUUUUAACAUGCUGUAAUUAAUUAUCUGUGGGGUAUUUUGAGUUAAAUCCUCGCCUUCACACUCUUGGGACACCAAAGAUUUAACUUACAUCUUAAAAAAAUCUCAUAAUAUGACCCCUUUAAGAUUUAAUGUGAUACAUUUUGUGAUAAAUGUCUAUUUGACUUGUGAGACAUCACGUCAGAAAGAAGAUUUGUCUACUAAAUCACGCGUGUGGAUGCUGGAAUAGUUGAGCACUUGUAUUUUGUUCUGACAGCUGUUUAGAAGUUAAACUUAUCCAUUUAGAAAAUUACUCUACAAGUUAUCAUUUUAUUUUUCAAACAGAGAUGCUGAUAGAGAGGCAAACGUGAAAGAUUGCAGCUUUUGGAGGCGUACACCCAACAGUAUUCAUCUAUUGCAUUUAAUAAUUUGCUUUUCUUCAUUAUUUUAGUAUUGUUUUCUCCAGAAAACAAGUCAUUGAAAUAAUAAUUUAGAGACAGGAAAAUGUCCAAAAUGUAAUUGAUUUGAAUGACCAGCAGGUGUUCACCAUUAAUGUCUUAAUCAUCACUUCAUUAUCUCAUUAACUUUAACACUGAUUCAGAGUUAUAUUUUUAACACCAGUCUUUUUUAACACCGAUCUUGGUGUGGAUUAUAUAAACACCAAAUAGUGUUGAUUUAACACUGGUAGAGUUAGGCUCUGUUUACACGUACACGCAAACGGAGAACUCGCCUGUGAAACCGAUUGUUUCUAAGAACUCCGGCCAGAGUGGAGAUCUUGAAAAUCUUCGGUUGCACGGUUGCAUGUAAAGUGAGACAAACGGAUGUUUAAGCAGGCAACGUCACAGAGUAUGCGCCAGAGCUCGCACCUACGUCAAAAGUGCGACCCAUGUUUACAUGUGACUGCUACUCUGAACGCUUCCAAGAUCACAUUUAUGUUCGUGCAAACUCGUUUCGUGUGUUUGUAUUUGCAAAUACAGCUGCUCCAUUAUGUCGAGGAGCAGAGACGAGUGCUCUGAGGUCAGCAAUUUUACGCGUGUUUGACUUCAUGCGGCGCUGCAACGGAUGAUGUCAAAGUACCGCGAGAGCGAUUCGAAAUUAAACCUCUACGUGUGAUUCCUCAACUCGCUCUCGCUGUACGUUGACGUCAUCAAUCACCUACUGCAACAACUCCUCCCUCCAACAUGAAGAACCAGUUCACGUCACCACCAGCGCUGCCGGUGAUUGGCUUACGUGGGCUUGAGCGUCUCUUGAAGGCAAAUAUGCACGGGUAUGUGUAAAUAAACACUUUUCUGAAAACUGACACGUGUGCACGAUAUUAUUUUUGAAACCGGAGAGUUUGAAAUGCCCGUUUAUGAAAAUAGCCGCCCACGUGUAAACAUAGCCUUGAUUUAAAACUGGGGAUUUUCCUGUGUGUCAUAAUGGGUAUUGUUGUUUUCUAUUUUGAUUAUGGCAAAUUUUUAUUAAACCCAUCUGUUUUAUGGUGAGACCAUAAGUUAAUUGGAAUCAGUUGCUCUAUUCCUGUUAUUAAGCCUGCUUGUAUUUCUGUGAUGACUGCCAAAGACAUCUGGUAUUUCUGCCAAAACUGUAUGUGGUACAGACACAUUUUUGUGUUUCGUGUCUUCUGAGAUAAACAAGGGUGCGUUUCCCAAAAGCAUUGUUACCUAACUAUAGUCAUUGAACUCUAUUGGUGACAACAGAACUUGCGACCAUAUUGGCUUUCGGGAAACGCACCCCAGUAUAAGAUUUUUUAAAUGAAAUCACAAGUGUCUAUCUCUGUAAGUGUUUAUUCAGUUUGACAUGUAGUGGUGAAGGGUAAUAAUAAUGAAAUGCUUGCUUUGCUCAAAAUGGCAUACUCAGAAGAGAGGCCAAUCCAGAACAAUGUGUUUUUAAAAUCCUGUCACAAGUUAGCUGAAGCAUUUUUUAUUCUUCUUCGGGGGUUAAAGGCUUGUCUUUUAAUUUCCAUUUUCAGGUUAUAAGGUAAAUAUUCAGAAAACACAAGUCAUAACUUUUACCUACUUCGAUUACUAGGAAAUUUAAUCUUGAAUUGCACUCGGACUCAAGGAAAUACUUGUGCAUCACUUUACCAAAAAAAAUAUGGGUCAUGAUGAAGUCAAAAUGAGUAUUGGUCAAUCUCAGGUAACUAGUUUAUUUUUUAACAUGGUUUCUUAAAGGAGGAUGGAGGCAUUUUGAUAAAAGGACUGAAAGUAACGGGACUGAGUUUAGCAAACAGAUGAAAUAUAGCUGCAUUAAAUAUGUGCUAAUAGCAUAAAGACACUUAGCCAAUUCUAGUGAUUUACCAAAUUUUUUAUUUUACAAUAAUUCAGAAAACAACAAAGAAAAAAAAAAUAGGUAACAGGACCGAACAUUAAAGGUGUAGCGGAGGAUUUUCUCGAAUUUUAGAAAAGAACCGCCUUCUCCGCUUUAAAAAAAAAUGCAAUUGCGCAACACUCCUGAUUGACAAUUAGGAGGACCAAUAGUCUUGAUGAUUCACCCGGAAAAAGAAAAUCCUCUGCAAUACCUUUAAGAUUGACAUUCACAGUCAUAGCAUCAAUACCAUAAAAUAUACAGAAAAGAAAAAGAGAAAAGUAACUUUUGAUCUUCACAUGACCUUCAGAAGCAGGGGCACUGUAAAGGGGGGG